AUCAAGCUUACUGAUGUGCUUUGAUCUCGCAUUGGUGGUACUUACCAACUUCGCCCAAGGCGGAAACGUUAAGUUCAACUCAUAGCUAGCAUGUCACUUUUCUACUUCAUCAUCAUCAGCCAAUUGCUGAGUUUCACACUCGGAGGCACUCAAAUGGUAUCCUCGAAACCAAAGAUAGAUGUGCAUGCGCACUACGUCCCAGACUUUUACGCGCAAGCGCUCAGAGACGCUGGGCAUUUACCUGGGCCCGAUGGCAUGCCCGGGAUCCCCGAAUGGACGCCCGAGGCACAUCUUAACUUCAUGGAAGCGCAAAACAUUGAGAAAUCAUACUUGUCCAUCUCCAGCCCGGGGGUAUACCUUUCCGUACCAUCAAAACCCGCGACAGAGAAAGCCAUCAAACUCGCACGACAGGUCAACGAGUAUGCUUCAGACGUAAAAGCCAAGUAUCCCGAAAAGUUUGGCUUUUUUGCAUCCCUUCCCCUCCCAGAUGUGAGCGCGUCCGUGGAAGAAAUCAAAAACUGCUUCACCCAACUCGACCCGAAACCUGACGGCAUCGUGCUUAUGUCCAACUUUUACGGGAUGUACCUCGGCGACCCGGAUCUCGACCCAGUCUACAAGGCACUGAACGAGGUGAACGCCACAAUCUUCGAGCACCCUACCGCGCCUUGCACUGAGCAUAACCAUUUGAGAUUCUCAAUCGACGGAGAAGACCCCGGUAUCACACCGCCGGAAUGGCUUUCCCUGAACAGGCCGGUGGCAGGCCGGCAAGGACGAGCGCCGACCAUCGACUUCCCAUUCGACACGGCUCGCACAUUUGCAGACUUAUUCUACUCCAAGAUCCCGACGCGGUUCCCUCGCAUCAAGUGGAUUAUGCCUCAUGCCGGCGGCGGUCUCGUUCCAACUCUCGAUAGGAUCGUCAGUUAUAGCACGCCGGACGUCAAUCUCACGGAGUCAUUCAUGAAAGCUACACUAGCGAAAAACUUUUACUUUGAUCUUGCUGGACCUUGGCCGGUUACCUGGGCGAUUCCUUCUCUGCUCCGGUGGGUGAGCUAUGAGAAGCUGUUGUGGGGAACGGAUACGCCUUUCACACCUUGGGCCAUGGCUGAGGCUGGGAGGAUCAAGUUUGAUCAAGACGUUGAGGAGGCUUUCAACGACACCAGCAAGGUCGAAGCUGUGAGGAGGGGCAAUGCUGCGAAACUAUUCGGAUGAUGCACUGACCGUCUGGUGUCAUCAAUUCAUGGGCCUAAAGUCAGGUUAUUUCUAUCAGAAGCCUUGGUGAUGAUAGAGUGAGAUUCAUUUAGUGUAAAUGGCAUUACUGAUACAGAAGGCUUUUAGCUACGCCCUCAUCUAUUAUUAGUAUACCUUUGAUAGAAAGCCUAGUCAUAGGAGUUCCUAGCAAGCGUCCCAUCAGCAGUCCUUCUUUUAUGUUACUUCGCAUGGUCUGCUAGCAACAUACAUGGAGUGACCAUCAUAUCAGUGCCGAUGGAUGAAGAACUCGGUGCAACGGAAGUCGUUGGUUGUAGUUAUCUUAUCCGGACAAAGAGUUGAGACCCCGAGGCUCGACAUGCCCAACAAGGCAUUUCUUGCCGGACUGGUGGUGUGGGUCUCCACAUCGCCGACCAAUAAGUCAAACCCCCC